UGUCGCCAUCUUGUUGGGGGGGAAAAGGAGGGAAGUGCCACCGGUUGGGACUCUGGCCGGGAAAGCGGACACGUCAGUGCCGCCAGCAACGUCACCAGGCCCGGCCCAGCCCGACUGUGCACGAUUGGGUGUUGAGAUCGCUUACGCGUCGCGCUUCCUCGUCUGCUCCGCAUGUUCAGGGCGGCUUGCUCUCUUUUCCUUUCGGCAGAGAAGAGGCGAUGGCGGCGAUGGCAUCUUUCGGCGCCCUGGCGCUACUCCUGCUGUCCAGCUUAUCUUGCUGCUCAGCAGAAGCCUGCCUGGAGCCCCAGAUCACCCCUUCUUACUAUACAACCUCAGAUGCUGUCAUUUCUACAGAGACCGUAUUCAUCGUGGAGAUCUCACUGACUUGCAAGAACAGGGUCCAGAACAUGGCUCUUUAUGCUGACGUUAGUGGAAAACAGUUUCCUGUAACCCGGGGCCAGGAUGUGGGCCGAUACCAGGUUUCAUGGAGCCUGGAGCACAAGAGCGCCCACGCAGGCACUUAUGAGGUCAGAUUCUUCGAUGAAGAGUCCUACAGCCUCCUAAGGAAGGCUCAGAGAAAUAAUGAGGACGUUUCCAUCAUCCCACCCCUGUUUACAGUCAGUGUGGAUCAUCGGGGCACCUGGAAUGGGCCUUGGGUCUCCACAGAAGUGCUGGCUGCAGUGAUCGGCAUAGUGAUCUACUACCUAGCCUUCAGUGCAAAGAGCCACAUCCAGGCCUGAGGGCAGCAUCCUCAGCCUUCUAUUGCUUCUUUCAAUAAACAGUUGCUAUCUGUCAUGAGUACAUUUAAGACACGGGACUCCUGUGUCUUUGGGGAGGGCUGGGAAUCCAGCUGCCCUUGUCUGCCUGGACAGUAGUGAUACUGAAUGGAUAAUUGUACUUUC